ACCGCUAUUCGAAAAAAAAUUCAAAAGGUUGAAUGACACGAAGUGUAAAUAGGCAAUCCUAUGUAGUAUGACAAUAUUUAGAGUUUAAAAAUAUUACAACAGUGACGUAACGCUAAUCUAAUUAUUCCCAGUAGUGACCCACAACACGAGGAAAAAAGUUUCACGGGAAAGCAUGUUUCGUGAGGUGAUUGGGAAGUGCGGCGUUCUACCUGUAUUUUAAUUAACCUUUUUUUACCUUCAAACAUGCAGCGAACCUCGUGUGUAUUGUUCCUGGUUAUUGGAUGUUUAUUGUGUAUGAAAUUGUCAACUAGUUACGGGAGAAGGGUAUCUGAAGUGCCAAGGAAAUCCAUUGUACGAGGACUGUACACAAAAUCCCAACUUGCCGAAACACUGAACAUAAAAUGCACAGACUGUGUAUACAAAGAUGAAACUGAAAGAAAAAUUGACCAACUGCCGAAACAAACACAACCCAACACUAAAGGGACAGACAGACAGAGACGAAGACAUAGGCGAAGACACAGGAAAAGGAGUGGGCACCGGAACAGAGACCAUGUUAAACCCAAACAACGCUCUCUUGACGUCAUGGCAGCAUCAGACCCAUCAGUACAUCACGUGGUAUAUCAAUCACGUGACCAACAACGUUAUCCCCAACUGCCAGAUGCUGUUGCACGAUUGGAAGGAAAAUUGCAUCCCUCUAUAGCCAAUUCCGUGAGUAAACUAAAGAGAACCCUUACAGAUAUCCUUGAAAAAAUGAAACGCAAACUGGAAGAGAUGAAGUAUGAUUGGAAAAAUUCCCACAUGUCUGCCAGGGAGGGUAUAAUGAAAGUCAGAGAAGAGUUGCAAGAAAUCACAAAGGAAAAUAACAACGCAUAUGAUGUAAUUCUCGAUGUGUCACAGCUGACCAGAAUGGUGAUGCUCAAACUAAAACAGCAUGGGGCUCCAGCACCGGCUCUUCUAGUGCAGAAACCGACCAUGAUUUGGGAAAGAGGCCGCAAAAACCAUGACAAGAUGGUUAAAGUCAACGACCAGUGCCAUCUUGUAAAUGGCACUUUGUCAAAAAUCAUGGAUAUGAAGAUCAAUUUCGUCCAACAAGAUGCUCGCAUGCUGCAACUGAACGAUGCCGUGAGGAAUGGUAUGUCGGACCUGGAUCGACUCAGAGACCUACAGUAUCACGCUCGUCAGGUGCUCGUCAAAUUGCAUGUCGGGAUAAAGAACACGGUUCUUCAAAAGAAGGUUGACAGGUAUAAGAAAUUUGAAGACAACUUGAGGAGGUACCUCAAUGAGUCCCGGUCAUUAGCGACUUCUGCAUACAGAGAACUCUCAUACGCUCGACGAACACAUCAGGAUAAUGCAGAUCUCAAAAAAGAUAUAGACCGAGCUCGAUCCAAUAGGAAUGUACGCUCUAGAAGACGGCGGUCCACGCGCGCCGACGCACGCACGCUGGUGGACAGCGCUUACUCAAAGUCAAGUUAUCUACAAAUGACCAAUAAAUCACUCGAUAGAACAAUCCGUCCUUUAUUAGCAAAAGCUAAACAGAUAACAGAAGGAGAUGGUGCAAUACCGGUGAUGGUUCAACUUCAGCGGAGUGGCGACAGACUGAGAUCAUACAUUAUGAAAAUAGACAGAGUUCUAGACGACCUCAGAAAGUUUCUGGGAGACGACGCCAUCAUUGAAGAGCGAUGUCGUAAAUUGAUUGCGUCUGGCGAAUAUGAAUUUGACGAUAGUAUUUUGAAUUGUACACCGUAUUGUGAUGGUAACGGAGAUGGAAGUGGAUGUGGAUCGGGGGAUGAUAAAAUUGACGAUGUGGAUAUAAUCCUUCAACCUACCACCUCGCCUGCCGAAAACAAGACAGACCAAGACAUCGACUCAAGCGGCGAUGGAGACAGUGAUUUUAUCUUUAUUGACAAAGACAAUAUAACACUAAUUCCCAAGCUGCCAGUAUCAACUACCACUUUGGCUACAACUACAACGACCAAAAAACCAUGGUGGAAUAUUUGGGAAAAUUCUGAUUCAUCAGCAAAACCUUCUACCACUACAAUUAAACCAACCACAACAUUGCCUCUAACAAGCUCUCCUAAAACAACUACAACACAAACAACUUCUACAAUAACAAGCACAACAACAAUUUCACCAACAACAACGAAAACUGCAAUACGAACAUCAACACCAUCAACAACUACAACACCAACAACGACCACAACACAGCCAUCAACAACCACAACACAGCCAACAACAACCACAACACAGCCAACAACGACAACAAGAAAGCCAACAACGACGACAACAAAGCCAACAACCACAACAACACUGCUAACAACGACCACAACCCAGCAAACAACGACAACCCAGCCAACAACAACCACAUUCCAACCAACAACGACAACAACACAGCCAACAACUACAACAACUCUGCUAUCAACAACGACAACCCAGCCAACAACGACAACACAGUCAACAACGUCAACAAAACAGCCAACAACGACAACGACACAGCCAACAACGACAACAAUACAGCCAACAACGACAACACAACCCACAACAACACACCCCGUGACAACACCAGCAAUAAAACCAACGACAACCACAACAAAGACGGUAGAAUUAGUAAUAAGUGGUAGCGGAGAUGACGAUGAAGACGAUAUCAAGACUGAAACCGAGCUUCAUCCGUCUAACUUUCCUCCUUUGACUGAUGAUAAAGAUAAUAUGCCCCCUCUAAUUGACGGAAGUGGUGAUGACUUCAUUGUAAUUGAUGACACCAAGAACCAGAUGUUAUCAACAACUCCUCCAACGACAACAACAACAACAGAAUCAUCCUGGUGGAAUAUUGAUUGGGGUUUAGAUGACCCUAAUGCUGGAAUUCCUAAUAAUUUCCGAGACAAACUGGCAGAACGAGCAAAUCUGUACAAAACUAAAUCAGUUGACUUAUUUGAAGACUCUGUUACUAUACAAAAAAGAAAAGCAGAUAUUAUACGAAGAAACGCAGCGUUAACUGAACAAAUGACCAGUCAAGAGAUUCAUGUGUCUAACCUUUCUGACAUUAAAAACAUUUGGAAAGAUACCAUGGACAAGAAGAAAAUAGUGUCUCUGAGGAUUGAAGGGAUUAAGGAACCCUUUCUGAAUAAACUUGAAGAAAUCUUAAAUAAAUCAGAAACAUUAAGCAAAAUUGCGAAAGAGAAACAAGCCCAAUAUGAAGAUAUCUCUGUGUCCUCAAAGAAAAGUGAAGAGACAAAGAGGACUGCUGAAAUAUUCACGGACUUACUGACCAAAAUGUCUGAAAUUCGAAAUAACAGAGUGGAGACCAGAAACGUUCUGAAUUUUAAUGUUGACCCGUGCGCCAAGAUUCAAACAAGUGCUUCCAGACUGAGGACCAAUAUAGCUGACCUUAGGAAGAAGAUUCAGAAGGCUAAACGUAUCGCUAGUUCACUGCCGGCUUCCGUGGUAAUGAAUGGUAAAGAAUCACUUCCGGUCACCGUCACGUCCAUCACGUCUAACAGUUCACCGUUCUCUGCUUUUGGAUUCUGCCUUAAACCUGACAAAGAGUCUAUGGCAAUAGCAACAUUACAAAAUCCAUCAUUUUCAAGAUGGGUGGUAGAACUGGAAGACAGGAAACCGAAAAUCAGUUAUUUUAACGCAAAGGGAGAGAGAAAGGGUCAACUUAAGUCACAGACAGAGGUUGAAUUAGAGAAAUGGAUUGAUAUAAAAUUUUUCAAAUAUGGCAGCUCUAUUCUUUUGAACAGAACUGACCUGGAAACUUCCACGUCAGUGGUAGAAGCAAAGGCUGUUCUUGGACUUCCGUUUGUUGCCGAGCAGCCUCACAUGGCUAAUGUGGGAUUUGCUGAGAAUAAGAAUAAUUUCUCAGGCUGUAUAUCGGACGUCACUCUUAACGACGAAAAAUUAGGAAUUUUGGCUUCAAGUGUUAAGAAGAAGUUCUGCAACAGUAGUUGUACGAAAGAUAGCAAAGCUGCAAGUAUGGUAUUUGAUGGUAGUGGAUUUGUAAGGUAUUCCGUUGAUAUGGUAUACCAAUUAUAUCCAAUCAAAGAAAUGUCCUUCCAGUAUCAAACUCGUCAAGAAAAUGGCAUAUUAUUAUUCUUCAAUGACCACUUACAGGCAUUACAAGUCUUGGUCUCUAUAAUGGACUGCAGAAUUCAUGUUGAGGCGCGGAUCAAUCGUGGUACUACUGUUGUUCGAAGUAAUUCAACAAACUACUGUAAUGGCAGACAGCAAUUUGUAAAGUUACUAUUUGGACAGAACAUAGAAGUUAAAACAAGUAAUUUAGGUGAGGUAUUUCUCCCAGAAUCCAGUACACAGGAGAUCACACCCUCAAUUAAUGAUGGCAUUUAUCUAGGAGGACUCGGGUCUCAAAAUAAAAUGAUAUCAGGGAAGAGUAAACUCAGAGCAAUUGUUGGAUGUAUAUCAAAGCUGAUGAUACAAAAUAAAGAAUUUCCACUUUACAUGGCUGAACAUAGCAAAGAUGUACAUUUAGGGAACUGUAAGCAUAAUGCAUGGUUCAAGUGUGUGAAAUUUGUAGAGAAAAGUAAACAAAUUGUCCUCGAAAAGGGGCGAAAUGGCCAAAUUCUAUCCGUCGCCAUUACACGAGAUUCAAUGGGUAGAGCUUUCAACUACAAGACAAAGAAUUUUGACAUCGACGUCUUUGUGGAUGGUAAUGGGUUUGAAGUGGUAGACAACAAAGAAGAUGAGCGAUAUCCACUCACAUUCCCUUCUAACCUUAACAGUCAUUGGUUGGUCCUGUCUGUCAGUGACGAGGAUAAAAAAGUUACGGUCCGUUUCAAUGACAGUGCCGUCCGUGUGGGAUACAGCGCUGGCUGGCUGUUUACUAACACAGAUGACACUGAGUACACCAUCACGUUGGGUCCGGAGGAGGACGGAUCAGAGAGUUUCCUAGGUGGAAUGGCGAACCUGAUUAUUGAUGAUAGGGAAACUGUUCUUGAUGACUUCCGAGGUUCUCAUCUCCUGCAGACAUGCAGACGACCGUUAAUUGACGCCCUGGACACGGCGGACAUGACGGAAAAACCGGUCUGCUAAGUCCUGUUGUUGAUAGCUUCAACUCACAUACCGGUGUUUUCAGUACAGACUUUUGAAUGAUGAUUAAUGGUCUUACUUAGUGCUGCUUAUAUUAUUUGUGUUCAUAACUCUAUUGUGAGGUGACUUCUGUAUCAUUCUAUUUGUUCAUUCUGCUAACAACCUGAAUUUACAAAGAAAAAGUUUGUGUAGAUAUGCUUAUGUUCAACUUUGCUCAAUAGCCUCUGUAUAUUUAUUAAACCACAUUUUAUUCAAA